ACACCGAAAAAGCCGCUGGCCUUCCGUCUCCAAUUUUCUCUCUCAUGUUCUUUUCUGGAAAGAAAUUUCUUUGAAUGUUCAAAAAUUGUACGGACUAGAAGUUUCUCCAAGGGGACGAGGGAAAGGGGAAAACUCACAAUCGCAAACCCUAGAAUCCCUGCUUCGCACGGGUUUGCUGAUCGUAGAAAAGCUGUCUCCUGUUACUGCACACACUUUGCAUCAAUUUGUACGCAAACGUGUAAUAGUUGUACCUGGCGCGUUCCAUUGUACUCGAGAGGGUUUUAUGCUGAAAAAGUUGCACUGACUGCUGAGGUGUCAUAAUUAAUCAUGGUUGCAACUGCUGCUUGUGCUGCAUUUUCCCCUAUUGACAAUCCACGCCCCAAAUCUGAUGCAAAAACAUCUGGAAAGCAGCUUGGAGGAACUGCGCCUGCAAGUAUAGAUGCACGGGGCUUGAAGUCAAAAUCCUCUCCUUCUGGAAACAUGCAAGUGAAGGCCAACACACAAGCACCUCCCAAAGUACACCGAUCCAAGACAGGUGUCAUGGACAAGACUGAUGAUGAGGUGAUUUCAUCAUCUUCACCAAGGACCUUUAUCAAUCAGUUGCCUGACUGGAGCAUGCUUCUUGCUGCCAUAACAACAAUUUUCUUGGCUGCUGAAAAGCAGUGGAUGAUGCUUGAUUGGAAGCCAAAGCGUUCUGAUUCAUUUAUUGAUUCAUUUGGAUUGGGAGGUUUUGUGCAACAAGAUGGUUCUCUUUUUCGCCAAAAUUUCAGUAUCAGGUCCUACGAAAUUGGAGCUGAUAGAACUGCAUCUAUAGAAACAAUGAUGAAUCAUUUGCAGGAAACUGCACUAAAUCACGCAAAGAGUGCAGGUCUCCUGAGUGGUGGGUUUGGUUCAACUCCAGAAAUGUGCAAGAAAAAUUUAAUUUGGGUUGUCAGUAAAAUGCAGGUUGUGGUGGAUCGCUAUCCUACUUGGGGUGAUGUUGUUCAAGUAGACACAUGGAUAGCUGCAUCAGGAAAGAAUGGAAUGCGGCGUGAUUGGGUUAUACACGAUAGUAAUACUGGGGACAUGUUAAUGAGAGCUUCCAGCCUUUGGGUAAUGAUGAAUAAAGAGACAAGGAAAUUAGCAAAAAUGGAUGAUGAGGUUCGAGCUGAAAUCGGAAGCUAUUUUGUGGAUGUGCCUCCUGUUAUUGAUGAAGACGGUAAGAGGCUUCCAAAGCUUGAUGAUGAGAGAGCAGACUAUGUUCGCACUGGGUUAACUCCAAAGUGGACUGAUUUAGAUGUGAACCAGCAUGUUAAUAAUGUGAAAUAUAUUGCCUGGAUUCUUGAGAGUGCCCCUUUGCCAAUCUUGGAGAGUCACGAGCUCGCUUCCAUGACGUUGGAGUACAGGCGGGAAUGCAGGAAGGACAGCACGGUGCAAUCCCUCACGUCUAUUUUGGGCAACGACAUUGGCAAUCUGGCCGGCUCUGGGUCCAUCGAGUGCCAGCAUUUGCUUCGCCUCGAGGGCGGUACUGAAAUCGUGAAGGGAAGAACCGAGUGGAGGCCAAAAUCAGCCAGCGGGUUUGGGAGCAUGGCCGAGCUCCCCACAGAAAGUGGCUAGCUCAACCCGACUCCAUGCAACAAGAAGACACAAGUCCCCUGUACAUAGAAUCAAACUACUUGUGUUCCUUAAUGUUCUCCGGCCUUAUCUUCGUAUUUUUGUUGCUGUGUUUUUUGUCAUUUGAAUACAUAGAGAGCAGUUGUAUGUAGAGCUUGCCGGUUGUUCUUUCCUCUUCCGCUGCCAUCCAAGUUCUGGUUGGUUUGCCUUCAUGGAUUACCUUGUCUUCUUUUGUGACUAUUAUAUAUUCAUUUAUUUAUUCAUUACUCCAUAUUUAUAAUGUC